UUUCAACCUAAACUGUUAAUAAGUACUUGUACAUAACUACAUUGUCUACCUGAUUUUAAGAGAAAAUUGCUCCUAUACAACUAAAAUCAUAUGUACUUUGUAUUUCUUAGUAGAAUGACUGAAUGACAUACUGCAUGUAUGCAUAUUAUGCAUCAUUUUAUAUUUUCAUUUCGUUCCACAUGUGUCUGGUCAUAUUUUGAGAAUUAACAUCUAUUCAAAAUCUUAUGUGCCUAGCGGGUUUCGAACUCGAGACCUCCCACUAGACACUUCUCCGUAAAUAAACCUGCUUCAUUUGAUAAAUUUGUUACAUGUACCAUGUCAUGUUCUUCAGUUCUUGUCCACGAUCUUUAUUUUUUUUAUUAUAUACAAGUAACUCUUAAUAAUUUUCUUUUCAUUUAUGUUCCCUUUUUUCCUUCGUGGUUUAUAUAUUAGAGUUGCAGUUUUAUCAUUGUUUUAAUUUUGGAUCUAAAAAAUACGAUUUGAUUCUCAUGAGAUAAAGGCUUUGAAGAUAUAUAUACUGCUAAUUAAUCCAUGCACGUUACAGAGGACAUAAAAUCAAGAACAAAAAUAUAACGACCAUAUAUAGCAUGCACGUAGUACUCGUACUAUAUUUAAGUGCAAAGAUCUUCUGAUCUCAAUAAUGUAUUAGUAUUAAAUUUUAUAGUGAAGAUUAAUUACCAUAACAACUCCUUAGUCAUUAUUAUGCAUGCGAGGGAUUCCAUUAUAUAUUAACAAAUUCCCUAAACUUCUUCAUACCAUUUUCCAUUUCCCAUAAUCUAAAAUUAAAAGAAAAGUUUGUGAAAGUUUAAAAGUUAGAAAGAUAGAGAGAUCUUUACACGACCAAAAUUCAAAACCAUGAGAGCCUCUUCCGAGCAAAACAUAGCUAGCCGCCAUGACCACCCCCUACGAGUGUUGAUGUUUCCAUGGCUUGGCUAUGGCCAUAUCUCCCCAUUCUUGGAAUUGGCUAAGAAGCUUAGCUUUAGAGGCUUUAAGGUUUUCAUAUGUUCCACCCCUGCAACCCUAGAACCCGUUAAGAAGAAACUUUUCAACGAAAAUGACAACGACAAUGACGAUGACUACGUUUUCGUCUCAUACGAUGUGAGUUUCUUGGACCUUACGCUUCCUUCUUCCCCCGACCUUCCUCCCCAAUACCACACCACAAAUGGCCUCCCUCCUCACCUCAUGCCCCUUCUCAAGGAGGCAUUUGACGCUUCCCGCCCCGCCUUCGCUCAACUACUCCGUGACAUCGAACCCGACCUCCUCAUCUACGACUUCCUCCAGCCGUGGGCACCGCUAGAGGCGGCGGGACUCAACAUCCCCGCCGUGGAGUUCAUCAGCAGUAGCUCCUCCAUGACUUCCUACAUGGUCCAACAGUUCAAACAGCCAGGUGUUGAGUAUCCCUUCCCUUUGAUCCGUUAUCGAGACUAUGAACUCGCUCUGAUAGCCAAAGAAAAUGCCUCGACCCCACCCGAAAGGCGGGAGAGGGACAAAAGGCGCGUGAGAGAGUGCUUCGCACGCUCUUGCGGUCUUGUUCUGAUCAAGACCUUCGAUGAGAUCGAAGGGAAGUAUAGUGAUUUCAUCACUACUUUGACCGGGAAGAAAAUCGUCCCGGUCGGACCCUUGGUCCAAGAACCUAGUAGAGAAGAUGGGAAAUCCGAAGUGAUUCAAUGGCUGAACGGAAAGGAAGAAAAGUCAACUGUAUUUGUUUCUUUCGGAAGUGAGUACUUCUUGACCAUAGAAGAUUUGACCGAGAUUGCCCAUGGGUUGGACCUUGUCAGUACCUACGUUAACUUCGUGUGGGUUUUAAGGUUUCCUAAGGGAGAAGACCAUGGCGAUCUCAAAGAAGUCUUACCCGAGGGGUUUUUCGAGAGGGUUGGGGAGAGGGGUUUGGUGGUCAAGGGGUGGGCCCCACAGGCAAAGAUCUUGGAGCAUCCGAGCGUCGGAGGGUUCGUCAGCCACUGCGGUUGGAGCUCCGUCAUGGAGGGCAUGAAAUACGGCGUGCCGAUAAUCGCCAUGCCCAUGCAUAUUGACCAGCCGGUGAACGCCAAGCUGGCAGCGGAGGUGGGGGUGGCGGCCGAAGUUAUUCGGGACGGUGAGGGGAAGCAUCACCGGGAGAAAAUAGCAGCCGUGAUUAAAGCGGUCUUAAGGGAGGAGGGCGGCAAAGCCGUGAGGGCAAAGGCGGCGGCAAUGCGUGAAAUGCUGGCGGAGAAAGGGGAUGAGGAGAUCGAUAGGGUGGCUGAAGAGUUGAAGAAUCUUUGUGCCAAGGAAGAACAUGAUUUUACUCCCUUCUUCUAGUUGACUUUUUCUUCUUUUCUUGAUUUAGUAAGUUCGAAAUAUAUUUAUAUAAUAUAGAGCAUAUAUACUUCGUACUAAAAUUAUUUAAAAUGUUAAGUACGGAGUAUUUGGUUGCUACAAGUACAUUUUAAUUUAGCCGCUCACUGCUGCGUUUGCCUUUUUUAAAAGCACGCAGACAAUGUGUAGUAGGCAACGUUUAAUUUUCCACAUCGUUUCUUCGGAAUUUGUUUUAGAAAUGAUAUGAUUUAGAUGAACGUUUAUAUUGUAAUUUAAUUUCUCGC